AUGUCUCCUGUUCGCUUGUUCCUAUUUUUCCUUGCAACCCUUUUUGGUGCAUCCAUUGCUCUUCAAGAUGACCAAAGGCGGCCUGAAUCUUGGUGCAUAACCUACCUAUCAACUUAUCUGGUCCCAAGAUCAGAUGGUCACACUCGCCCUACAGCUUCAUCUGCUGACGAAGCUGUUUUCUCAGGGGCCUCUGGAGCAACUUUGGCAUUUCCAACAGAUCUAGCUAUCCCCUCAACCUUUCUUGUUCAUGAUGAUCUAGCUAUUACCACUUCGGCCCCAAGUUCAACUACUGGAACUUCAGUCCCCCAUCCCAGUGGUCGAUCAGUGAUAUUCCGCGUCGUUCCAGAGUCGCAAGACACUAAACGGGAUCUCCAAGUUAGGGCAGUUGGCGGUUUCGUUGGUAGCCAGUCAGAGAUCUGUGCUGCUGCCUCUAUCUUCAAAUUUGUGCAAGGUCGUUUGUUGGACGGCACCUUGCCCAUAUACUACAACGGCGAGGAUUUCAAGGAGCUACGUGGCUAUCCAGGAGCGUUACCUCCAGAUGCUGUUACUGAAACCUUUGCUGAUGAGGCUGGAUUCCUCCGAUUUUUCAGCUCAGUCCUACCAAACGGCGAGGCAGGCUUCUGUCAGGACGCUGAGAGCGGCCAAGUCAAUAUCACUUUCACCGCAUCACCUCCAAGUUUUAACGAAUGCCGAGACGGUGAUCUAUCCUCGAAUCCUUCUUCUCGACCUACCAGUAUGCCCCUGCUGGCAGAGUCUACAUCAGCACUGCCCGGAACGACAUCUCCCUUGAACUCAAUAGCUUCUCCGACCACAAAAGAUAUCCAGAGGGGUUCUUCCGCUAUAGAUGUCCCAACCUUCACUUCUCAGGUCAAGCCUGUGUAUACGAGCUCUUUCCGAUUUUACAACAGCUCCUCAUCUAUUGAAUACCCAACACGCCCCGCUAUCACUCAAAUAUCUUCUAUGUUAGACAUUUUAACCCCUGUCACCGAUAUCCCACUUACAUCUCGGCUGAGCUCUUGGACCUCAAAUGCGGAGACCCUACUCACAGAUGCACUAUCCACGGAUGUCUUGGGAACGUCGGAAGAACUACCUUCUAUCUUUGAUCCCACUACAACUGCCACGUCAACUACUAUGAAUGCUCAAAAUACAAUUGGCACUAGCUCUGGGACUGUCUCCACGGCAAGCUCUAUUGUUCACUCUUCUACCACGUCUGGCCCAUCAUACAGUUUCGAGACUGAUACUAGCACACUAUCAGAUCUUCCAUUGGAUGCCAGUUCAUCUUUUGACUCGAGCCCAACCUUCACGACAACUACCGAUACCACAACUUCAACCACUACAAGCUCUGAAGCGACGGGCACACGUGCGUGUCCAGUGGGCCUGUCUGAACCACUGACACUAUUCGAUGGCCAAAGGCCAUCUGACAAUGGUGUCGAAUGGCUCGUGCUUCCUUUUCUGAUAACACUCUACGGUGAAACUAGUGAUAUGCUCUAUAUCAGCCCCAACGGACUUGUUACACUCAGAGAUUCGUUUGGGGCCGAUUCGGUCUCCAAUAUGGCCUUACCAGAUGAAAAUGUUGAGUCACUGGCUAUUUUCCCUUAUUGGACUGACAUGAUAGUCCCCGAAGGUUCAGGGGCUGAGGUUACAUAUCAGAUUGAGGAUGUUCCCAACCAGCCAGGGGUGUUGACCAUAGAUUGGUGUGUUUUCACCACACCAGAUGGGACUGAGCCAAAUCACUUCCAAAUGGUAGUCUCAGAGGAUCAGCUAACCCCAAUUACCUACUUAUACUAUACUAUCCACCUCGGGGGAAGUUAUGCUACUAUCGGUGCCCAAAAUCGUGAUUCGGGUCAGUUUAUGCAGUACUACGGUCCUAUCCCAGAUAGAACAUUUAUGGAAGUCAGCACGUUCAGUGGCGGGGAAGAUUUACGUAUUGGUCAGUUCUGA